CAACUUUCUAAAACAAUAACAUCUUAAACAAUCACAAUAGUCUUUACCUUAUUGAAAUUAUAAGGCAGUGUUUACUAAACUAUAAAAAACUAAAAAUUUAAUAAAAUAUUAAAUAAAAUACAUACAAUUUAAAUAAUUUAUAAACCUUAAAGUACAGCCCAUCAUGUCGAAAGUUACCUUUAAAAUCACUUUAACUUCGGAUCCUAAGCUACCUUUUAAAGUUUUAAGUGUUCCGGAGGGAACACCUUUCACUGCUGUGCUUAAAUUUGCUGCUGAAGAAUUUAAAGUGCCUGCUGCCACUAGUGCCAUUAUUACCGAUGAUGGUAUUGGCAUUAGUCCUCAACAAACCGCUGGCAAUGUCUUUUUGAAACAUGGUUCGGAAUUACGUUUAAUACCUAGAGAUCGUGUCGGUGGUUUUUAAGUAUUUUGUACAAUGUAUGUCAUUAAGUAAAUGUUUUUUUUUAUAUUUAAUGAUUUUUUUUGUAAUUUAAGUUUUUUUUCUAAAAUCCAUAAAAUUGAAAUAAAAGUGAAAAUAUGUGAACACUAAUAAACAAGUAUUCAUUAACCCUAAAACGGUACAGUUAAUAAUUCGA